AUGGCGUGGGGUGCGAUGGCUAAGGAGGAGGCGACGAAGAUGCUGGUGAUCUGCUAUGGCAUGGCGAUGAUAGGAUGCAGCAUGGCCUGGGCUCCUGCUCCUUCCUGUUUCCUAGCUACCAGGCACACUCUUGGAUCCAUGAAGAGCCUGGGUUCACCCAUUCGCAACGUCGGACGAUCGUGCCUGGCGAGAUCAGCGAAACCCAGCGUAGUCGGGCUUGCAAUGCGCUGGACAGAGGAGGAGAGGAUGCAAAGAGAAGCUGCAAGACUGGAAAGAGAGGAGAAGAUCAGGAAGGAGAGAGAAGAGCGGCAGAGACUACUGGCAGAGAUGGACCAGGAAUUUUCGCAACAGAAGGCUACCACGCCGUCGAACUUGGCCGGCUCAGGAAAGGAAGGGUUUGCCAUUCAGGAUGGAAACUAUGGCGAGAACGCGAAGGGCCUCUUUGGCUGGGCGAACAACAACCCCUCUAGCAAGAACGCCAUUUACGAUACAGAAUUCAUCAAUAGCGCUGCUGGGGGAGGAAAUGUCGGAGAGAUGAUGAUCGCACUUCGUGGAAAGGGGAAGACUGCAGAAAGCCGGGAGACGACGAUUCCUGGCAAGAACGGCAACGCCCUGAAGAUUUACUACAGACAGAUGGGCGAUGUUGAGAACAGCAGACUCAGCCCCGUGCUGAUGGUUCACGGGAUCUUGGAUCACAGUUGGUCGUGGAGGGAAUUGAUGAACAAAGUUUCAUCGCAGGGUCAACCGUGUCUUGCGCUCGACAUGCCAGGAUCUGGUUACUCUGCCUGGCCGCAGCCAGGGUUUGACUUUGAAUGGAGCGAGAAGGAUAUCAAGCAAGUUUUCAGCAGCUUUCUUGAUGCCGUAAAUGUUCCACGAGUUACCCUUGUUGUUCAAGGUUUCGUGUACAGCCAGUAUGCUCUUCUGUGGGCGUUCGAAAACCCGGACAGGAUUGACAAGAUUGUUGUGCUCAACACCCCGAUCAAGACCGGAACCAAACUUCCCUUUGAGCUGCAGCAGUACAAGCUUCCCUUCGUCUCCUCCUUCGUCGCUCAGGACGCCAUGAGAGCUGAGAGGUUCCUUGAGGCCGGCAGCGCCUACGCCAUGGACGUCGCUGAUGCUGAUCGUUAUCGCGAACCCUUCCUUGAAAGCAUGAUGCCGGGAUUGGCUGUAGUUGAUGCCAUGAAGCGCUACGACCAUGACGCUAUCCUCUCCCGCGUCACCAAGAUGGCGAGCUCGAGCAAGCUGCCCGUGUUGGUGGCCUGGGGAACCAACGACAAGUACCUCAGCUCGGAGGAGGCGAACAGCUGGGCAGAGGAGACCGGGAAGACGUUCAAGGCCGUCCCAGGGAGCGCAGGGUUUCAAGUGCAGAUGGACUACCCUGAAUCCGUCUAUGACACGAUUCGCGGAUUCAUCUCUUCCCCUUCCUCCGCCCCUCCCCAAGCUUCCGCCGCCGCCGCCCUUCCGGCAGGAUGGCAGAUGUUCAAGGACGAGGCCACCGGAAGAGACUACUACUACAACGCCAACACGCAGGCUACUCAGUGGGAUCGCCCCCAGAACUGAGGAGACCAGGCGGUCGAGAACUUGAAAGCGGUCGAGAACUUGAAAGGCGGUCGAGAACUUAGAGUUCUCCGUGGCAGUUAGGCAGCAAGUUGACUUGCGACCGGCCGGCGGCUGAUUUGAAAAAUUGAACAUGAAAAAGCCAUCAAGCUUAAUGGCAUGUUAAAGUUACAUUUCACCGUG